UCUACCAGACGACUUUUUGUCCUCUUCACUCGCUCCAUCAUCAUCCUCUUCAUCUCCUUAAUCUCCCUGGUUUGUCAGUUUGCAUCUGAAAUGGGUUCGAGCAGUAGUCGAGUUGAGUCGGAUCGAUCUUCAAAGCCCUCAAGAAUGAAUCGAACAAAGAAAAGGCUCUCAUCUUUACUACUAUGUGGUCUCACCUCCAACUCCACUUCUCGUUCUUCUGUGUUGGAGUUGGAAUCACCUAUCAGCUCUAUAGAAAAUAUUCCUCCUGCUAGUGUCGAAUCUGUAAGUUCUGCAGGUGUGUCUUCUUCAUUAUUUGGUUCUGGACCGGUGUGCACAAGUUCUAAAACUUCUGAGGCAGAAACUGGAGAAUCUGAAAGCUGUAAUAAUAGUGCAAAAAAUGCUGUUGUAAAACAUGAUUCUGUAAAUGGUAGUGAGGACAAAGCUAGCACAUCUUAUGAAGGUCAGCCAAUACAUGAGUCAGUCUCAAGAAAUGAUGGUUUGGACUCGGCUUCAGCUAUCGACACAUACAGUGCACGGAAUGAAGGAAUGCCUAUGACUUCAUCUGACAAUAUAAGUCUAAGCACUGUUGGAGAAACCGAAGAAAAUCUUGAUCCUGAUGAAAGUUACGGGCUGAAUCGUAAUGAUAUACCUAUGAGUGGUGAUUCUGAUGGUAGAGCUUUAUUCGUUCUUUCUGAUUCUUUUCUAAGCCUUCGGAUGUUUGGAAGUGGUUUGACAACUUCUGGAUCGGGAUUUUUGUCAUCUGAUGUUGAACGAGAUGUGAUAAGUGGUCGUAUACUUCUUGUGGAUACAGGGAGUGUGUCCCCCGAUGUCUUUCCCAGCGGCAUUUCUGAGUUUAAUAGUCUUGAAGCAAGAAGGAACAGUGGGAGGCUCUUUGGGGAAACUUCAUCGAGACGCAGCUCUAGAAGGAACAGUGAUUUCCCAGCGGUUAUUUUCACAGCUGGUCUUGUUGAUGAUCUAGGAUCCCAUGAUCGCUGGCUUCUUGAUAUUAGUGGUGAUCUUCGUCAUGAUGGACGUGGACAUGGUUAUUCCAGAAGUCAUGGUAGAAAUGAAGAGCGAAGGCACUUUAGAUCUCAGAUGUCAGAAAGAGGUUUAGCUGGUCUUGAUGAGCGAGAGCACCGAACUAGAUUUUGCGCAUCUGGCCUCCACCGCAAUGGUACAUGCUCAUGUGGUUCAUCUUUCUUGGGUGAAGAGGUUGGUUCCCUUGGAAGCAUAUCACGUGUGGUGUUGCUUGCUCAGGCUUUAUCUGAGGUAUUGGAUGAAAUUCAUCGACAGCCUCUAUCACUUUCAAUGCCAAUGCUCUCGCUACCUGCACCAGAGUCUGUUGUAGAUUCGUUUCUUCUUAAAAGUCACAAGAAGAUGGAUGCAUCUGAAAGUGGCCCAAAUUAUGUGCAACAGUGCUAUAUUUGUCUGAUUGAUUAUGAGGAGGGAGAUAAAAUAAGGGUGCUUCCGUGCCAACAUGAGUAUCAUGCUCCUUGUGUAGACAAAUGGCUUAAAGAAGUUAAUGGUGUGUGCCCAGUAUGUAGGUGCAACGUUUGUGACACACCUGCGGCUACCCAAGCUUCAGUCUCAAGUUCAGAACUCCCAGCUUGAUGUAUAUCAACAAACGCACACAAUGGUAGUAUGUAAAUAUUGAAGAAGAUAUAGAUACAUCUUGUAGAAACUGAAUGUCUUCACUUUAUGAUCAAGCUCUGUUUCCCGAUAGUAAUUUUCGGUUUUAGUUUUAAGCCAUAGUUUCUUGAAAGAGAGAACUAUAGGCAAUGUUGGUAACCUUGUAAAAAAUAGCCCAAGUGCCAUGAGUUAUGUUGUAAAAUGAUAAUUAUAUGCCACCACUCUUUUGGCAAAUACUUGUUUGUAAACCAUGAUUUCAUUUUCAAUGAUCUAAUUGAGAUGAUGAACUAUUCAUCU